UCUCACCUUUCUCAUAAGCGCGCGCACAGCACAGCGUAGAUCUUCCGGCCGAAUCGUGAAGGAAGAUCGACUUCGGUGGCUGCUUGGCGGCAAUAAUUUUCCGCGGAAAGGAUUUCACUUACAGGACGAGGAUGAGGCUCAUCGCGGUGAUCCUCGUCGUCGCUUUCUCGGGUGCAGCGAUGGGCCAGGAUUUCGGCGGCCACGCGCUUUUCGUGAGAACCCCGGACGCAGAUGCCGCUCACUCGAGAGUCCUGCGGGCUGCUGCCCCAACAUCGCCGGCAGACGUGAUGGCGCAAAAUAUCCUAGAGUGGAUUCAGGGGAUCUACCAACAGGGCGCACGUAAAACUCGCCAGCAAUCGGACUCAAAUGCGUAUUUGCCGCCGUUCAGCACCCAACGACCACCCGAGAAACCUCGGCCCUUUCAACCACCGGGCGUGACGAGUUUUCCAGCCCAAAGGCCAUCGUCACUCUAUACCCCGCCGAACACUGGCGGUUUUCCGGGAUCCGUACAGCCCUUAUACUCCACCCCGAGACCGAGUUUCCCCAGCAGCCAACCGCCUUCGUCAACGUAUGUGCCGCAAAGUUUCAGCGGGUCCACGUCUUACAACCCUCGACCGAGUCAACCCUCGUACUCUAACGCGGGCUCGUCAGCCUUUCCGCCGCUAAGCUCCCCGGAAGCGUCGAGUACUUACCUUCCGCCGCAAUCGCCGUCCAUCCCGACGACCAGUCCGAGACCACCUCUGCCAGAGUCCACGAUUGGCGGCAAUGGGUUUUCAGGCGGCGGCUACGAACCUUCCAUCGGUAGCACUGCGGGAGGAUACUCGCCCGGAGGUAGUGCUGGAACAUUACAACCACCAGUUACAGGGGGAUAUUCGACUCCAGGUGGCUUCUCCACGUACGGCUAUCCAUCGGAACGGCCUACACCGAGUUUCCCCACCCCGGGCGGUGAGGGUGGAGGAUAUCCCAGUUCAAGUUAUCCAGGCGGAUCUACUUCGGCUGGAUAUCCAUCCUCUACCCCCGGAGGGGGUAGACCAUUCCCUCCCUUCACUACGCCAGGUGAAACUGGCGUUCCAUCCGGAACUACUCCAGCCGACGAAGAUCUCAAACAUCCCCCGCAUAUUCACAAUCUCGACGUCGAAUGCAGUAAAACCAUGAUGACGAUCAAUAUUGAAUUCAACCGCGCUUUCGACGGCCUUAUUUAUUCUAAGGGAUUCUACAUGAACCCAGAAUGUAGGUAUGUAGAACAGAAUUCGGGCCAAACGCAAUAUUCCUUUACUGUGAAUUUAGAGUCGUGCGGAACUCAAUUUAUCAAUGACUUCGAGGGUGAAGCCGGUCAAGCUUACUUGGAAAACGUUCUUGUAUUACAGAAUGAACCAGGUAUACAGGAAGUUUGGGACACAGUACGAAGAGUACGAUGUCUCUGGGAAGGAAAUAUUAACAAGGCCCUAACAGUAAACUUCUCAGUGGACAUGUUGAAUCAGGAAAUCGUUACCUUCAGUGGCGAUACGGCUACAGCCAAGCUGGAUAUUCAAAUCGGUAAAGGACCUUUCGCACCUGCAGCCGAUGGACUAGUAAAGAUCGGAGAGGCAAUGACCUUAGUUGUCACCGUAGAGGGCGAUCCUGGCUUCGAUCUUCAGGUACGCGAUUGUGUGGCGCGAGACGAAGCCUCGACCAACAUGCUGCAGCUCACCGACGAAAGAGGCUGCAUCUUGAAACCGAAAUUAUUCGGUGCUUUCCAGAAGACAAACGACACCGGAAAUACGGGCGCUUCUAUCAUUGCUUACGCAUUCUUCCAAGCUUUUAAAUUCCCUGACGUCAUGGAUUUAAUCAUCGAGUGCAAUGUCGAACUAUGCAAAACGGAUUGUGAAGCGUGUCCAGAAGCAGAUCAACAAAUCGAGCCAGGUAGACGUCGCCGAUCGGUAAUGUACACACCUACAAAUACUUCGACGAAUCCAGUUUUGUUAUCGGAUCCGAUUCGUGUCGGACGUCGUUUCAAAGUGAUCAUGCUAGACGACUUAAGCACAGCGUCCAGCCAGAUCUUGGAGAGCAUGGAGGAAACGGCCGUCGAGACAAUGACAAAGACGAAAGAUGUUUGCAUGAGCAACAGUGGCUUUUACACGACUUUCUCCGUUAUGUUAAGCACACUCUUCAUCACGACCAUAAGCGCGGCUGUAUUUUACAUCAAAUUGCAACGGAUUCGUAGAACAAAAUUCGUGGAUUCGUAGGAUAUUAUUUACAACACCUCGAUAAGUAACGAUAUUAGCAAGGGAGUUGCAUAGCAAGUGACGAACGCGUGCCAGUAAUCGAAUAAUGCUUGAGCAAUAAGUGAACAUUAUCCUUCAUCGCUUCGUAAUCAUUUUUCCUGCGAAGGAAUUAACAGAGAAAUGCCGAAGAAAAAAGUAUACAUCGAUAUAUCUGUAACAAUUGUUACUACAAUUAUGUCUGAGACGACAAAUUUUAAAAAUUAAUUUUGAUACAUGCAUUAAUUUUUUUAUCAAAACAUGAUAAAUUCAUUUUACUCGGCAGAGGUGUGCAGCCAUAUUUUACAUAUCAAUUUACCAAUGUAAUCUAACAAACUACUCGUACAAUCCUCGGAUGACGGUAGUGCUCAUUUCACGUAAUAUUGAAUACCGAUACGAUGUGGUAUUUAUUGCAUUCGAUAUCAGCAAUGUAGAUCUU